AUGCCGUUCUUGAAACGCUCAACCCUUCUCUCCCUGCUCGCUGCCGGUGCAAAUGGCCUAGCCAACUCACUGAAACAACCUGGGCAGCGUCUCCCUGCCGAUUCCUUCCCUUGUAACUUUUGGCACAGGCGUAAGCAGAACUACACGACCUUCUAUCCGUGCAGCGAGCUCCCCGUGCGCGGCUACACGACCCUCUGUCUGAACAAUGCACAGAUCAAGACGGGUCUCAUGAACGAUCUGGACCUCGAGACAAUGAUGAGUGAUGUCGGAGCAGGAGUGCAGUUCCUGCGGGCUAUGGGCGACAUUGACAAGGUGAUUGUCUGGGGCCAUUCGGGCGGCGGUGCGAUAAUGGCUGCGUACCAGGAUGUGGCCGAGAAUGGUGCUUCGGCCUGUAACGGGACUGAGAAGAUCUACCCCUGCUCGAGCGCCAGGGACGGGCCGGAGCCCGCGGAUGGGGUGCUGCUCAUUGAUGCAAAUCACGGACUCUCGACGAUGACUCUCCUGUCGCUGAACCCUGCUGUCACCAACUCGUCUGAGGCAGUGAACCUCUACAGCCCGGCAAACGGGUGGACCGAAGCCGGCGCAAACUAUACCUCCUCCUUCGUGAAGGAGUUCUAUGCAGCCGUGGCGUCGCGCUGGAAUGGUCUCGUCGACUCAGCCGUCCAGCACAACCAGCUCAUCCCGUCUGGAAACGCCACCUACACUGGCGACAAAGGCCUCGUUAUCGCAGACACAAACUACAUUGGCUUCAACAACAAGAUCAUCAGCCAGGAUACCCGCUUCCUCUCCCAUACGGCAUACAAAUGGCCCCUCCUGCACAAGAGUAACCGAACGACGACGCAGAUCGUGCCGAGCACGACCGUCACCCGCUUCCUGUCAGCCUUUACCAUCCGCGUUGACGCUAAGAAUCUUGCGGUGUCGGCGGACAAUAUCACGGGCGUGGACUGGGCGUCUUCGCAGAUGGCACCAAUCUCCAGUGUCGCUGGGGUCUCAGUUCCCCUGCUGACGACGGGGAACACAAGACAUUACGAGUAUCUGAGCGCGGAAAAGAUCUAUCUUGCUGCUACGAAGACAACAGAUAAGAUCAUUGCGUUUGUGGAGGGGGCGCAGCAUACGAUCAAUACUUGUACGGAGUGUGAGACGUAUCCAGGGGAGUUUGGCGACAUGAUCCGCACGGCAUUCGACUAUAUGGAUGUGUGGCUGGGGAAGCCUGGGCGGUUUAUCUCCGCAUGA